GCGCGCGCGCGCCCUGGAGGCGGCAGGAAGUUUCAGCUCCAGUGCAGUAACUUGUCGCAGCUCUUCAGCUCUUCAGCUUUUCCUCCACACUGCCAUGAACAGCAUGGAUUUUAAAUCUGCCUGUCGACGCCCUCCAUUUUAUCAGGAUGAACAGUUUAUCAGGUGGCGUUUAACCACACACGGAUUCUGACUCAACAUUUUAAUUCCUGUUCAAAUCCUCAAUGGCAAACGUCAAAGUCGCAAUUCGAGUCCGUCCUCUAAACUCAAGGGAAACUGUGGAUGGAGGGAGAAUAGCUGUACAGGUGGAGGACAAAGUGGUGAGAGUAAAAAAUGUGAAGCUGGAUGGGCGUCUGGAUGGGCGAGUUGAGGCACCAGGUGACUCCAGAGAGAGGCUGUUCGAGUUUGGCUUUGAUUACUGUUACUGGUCCGUGAACCCAGAGGCACCCAACUAUGCAUCGCAGGAGGAGGUGUUCCAGGAUCUGGGUAUGUGUGUGUUGGCUGGAGCAACUGAAGGCUACAAUGUCUGCCUGUUUGCGUAUGGACAGACAGGCUCAGGAAAGACCUACACCAUGAUGGGCAAUCCAGAUUCGAUUGGAUUGACGCCAAGGAUUUGUCAAGGUCUGUUCCGAUCUGGUAUAGACUCUCCUGAUGGAAAAAACUGCAGGGUUGAAGUUAGUUUCUUAGAGAUCUACAACGAGCGAGUACGUGAUCUGCUGAGAGGGGCAGACCAGAAAAAGCCAGCGGCCCUGCGUGUGAGGGAGCACCCAGAAAAAGGGCCAUAUGUUCAGGGUCUUACUCAGCAUGUGGUGGAGGACUACAAGCAGGCAGCAGAUCUGCUGGAAGAGGGCAUCGCUAACCGCAUCACAGCUGCCACACAUGUUCACGAUGCCAGCAGCCGAUCACAUGCCAUUUUCAGCAUCCAGUACACACAGGCGAUACUAGAGAAUAACCUUCCGUCUGAAAUAGUGAGCAAGAUCAACUUAGUGGACCUGGCUGGCAGUGAGAGAGCGGACCCUAAUUACUGCCGAGAUCGGAUUACUGAAGGAGCCAACAUCAACAAGUCUCUAGUUACUCUGGGAAUUGUCAUAUCUGCUCUCGCUCAGAACUCUCAGAUGUGCAGUAGCAGUCAGAGCAUUAACAGCAUGCUGAGUGAGGGGGAGGCCAGCACGGUCGGCAGUCAGUCCAGCUCCCUGUCCAGCAGCAGUCGCAGACAAUGCUUCAUCCCCUACAGAGACUCUGUCCUCACCUGGCUCCUCAAAGACAGCCUGGGUGGCAACUCCAAAACCAUAAUGAUCGCAACAAUCUCACCUUCUUGCAGCAGCUACAAUGAGACUCUCAGCACCCUCCGCUAUGCUGCUCACGCCAAGAACAUUGUCAACAAGCCAAGAGUCAAUGAGGAUGCCAGUGUGAGGCUGAUCAGGGAGCUCCGUGAAGAGAUCGAUCGACUGAAGAGCAUGCUGCUGAGCUUCUCUAUGCAGAGAAACCCCAGCCCAUCUCUGAGUGAUGAGAGAGACAGCAGCCUUUCAGACAUAGUGCUGCAGAAUGAACUCAAGGUGGAACAGCUUACUAAAGACUGGUCGGAGAGUUGGCGGGAUAAGCGAGCUCUUCUGGAGCAGUACAGUGUGGACAUUAACCAGGACAGAGCAGGAGUUCAGAUACAUUCUCUCCGACCCCACCUCAUCUCCCUAGAGCCGGACGUCCUGAGCACAGGAGUCACCAUUUACCACCUCCGGGAAGGAAUCACCAGAAUUGGACCUCAGGAUUCAAAUGAGGAAGAACCCCAUAUUGUCAUGCCAGAGGGUUCCGUUUGUGAAAUUGAGAAUCAGAAUGGAGUUGUUACCCUCAAACCCCUACCACACACAGCCUGCAUGGUCAACAAUAGAGAGAUCACUGAACCGUGUCGACUCGCGCAAGGUGCAGUGAUAACAUUAGGAGGACGUCACAAGUUCCGGUUUAACCACCCUGCAGAGGCAGCAGUUCUGAAGGAGAGGAGACGUAUCAUUGAAGGUGGUCCUCUUUUCAGCUCAUCUGAGCUGAACAUUCUCUCUCCUAAAUCAAGGGCAGAGGAAGUGGGUAGUCAGGAAGCCAGUGAAAGGUUGGCUCCCUGGCAGAGGCUGGAGGAGCAUCAGCGCUACGUGGAAUGUCUGCGUGAGGAGAUCCUGGUGGAACAGAGAAGAGCUGAGAAAGACUUGGAGAGAGAGCAGGCCCAUCUUCGAAAGCAACGCUCUGAGAUCCAGCAGUGGAUCUUGCAAGAAAAGCAGCGUUUUGCUGCCAUCAGGGAGAAGGGCACGCUUGACUCAGGGGUGCAGACAGAUGUCAUUCCUCUGCCUGCACUGGCUGGCGUUAAUGAGAACGAGAGCACCAGCGAAACAGUGCAUCCAUCACUAAUUGUGGGUGAUAGGAAACGGGUGGUACAAGAAGAGCUCCUCAAGCACCAUGCACUCCGAAGAAAUGAGAAUCGCAUUCGCCGAAAAAGACUGCGCUACCAGCUGGAAAGAAUUGCUCGCAAGCGACACCUGCUAGAGGCAAAGCAAGAGCUUCAGAGACUGGAGACUGCCCUUUCACUUGGGGUUGACGGACCCCUGUCCCCUGAUCUUGGGUCUCCCUCAAAGCGCAGAGGACGUUCAAUGGUCUUGCGAAGACAUUCUUUUUCUGUUGACCUUUUGUCUCGACUUUACCCUCAACAUUCACCUAUUUUCAGCCAAUUCCUUAGGAGGAACAGAUUAUCUGAGUCGACAUCAUCUCUCUCUAGGGUUACCUUUCCUAGAAGAUGGGUGUCUGAUGAAUGUCUACCAGGCAAAACUAGAGGCCGCUCUAACACUAUGCCCUCAAGGUGUAGUCAGGGGACUUCAAGUAGGACAGGCUCCUCUGAGAACAUCAAAAUGUUAGUGAAGGAAAACAUACCAUCUGAGGAAAUGACUGAAAGAAAAGUUCUUGCAUCUCAGCAUCUUUCAUCAUCAGUCUGGACUCAUAACAUGAUAAAAACUACAAUGGAUUCAGAUAAUAGAAAUAGUGAGAAGGUACUUCCAAUAAUAAAGCAAUCAAGUACACAAAAAAACUCACCUAACGGAGGAAAGAAUUCACCCCAUGAAGGAAACAAGGGCUUGGAGACAAUCCGCAAAGCUCUUUCUCGAUCAGUUGGCUUUGGAAUAAAGAUGGCUUUGUCAAGGGUUUUCCGCAAGCCUCCUUUAGGGUCACGAGGUGGCAAAAGUGCUAAGUCUGCUAGCAGAGUGAAAACUCAGUUUGCUGUGGAAGGAAAGAAAGAGAAAAUUGUAGGAGACAUGGGGACAGAGCAGCAAAAGUUCCCUAUUAAAUCAACAGUGUCUUGUGAUGGUUUAGACCAGCUCAUCUCAUUAAAAGCAAAGAAGCAGGGACGCUGGCAUAGUGCAGAGACCCUGACUAAAAAGACCAGAAGAUGGGUCAAGACGCAACAAGAUCUGACUAACUGGGUAGAGAAAAGUGGUGAUGAAGUUGCUGAUGACUCUUCAGACUGCGAGAGCCUUUUCUCAGUGGACUCCCUUUCAUCAGCCUAUGCCAUUGCAUUGGCGGAGCAGCUUCAGCAAGAGGACUGUGGCCAGAGUGAGGCGGAGAGUGAGGACAGUCAGAUGUCCAAGGACUCACUUGUCAAGGAAAGUAGUGGGAGCACUGAUGCAAGGCCAGCACUGAAGCUUAAUCACUCCAUUUGUCAUACUUUCCAUUCAUCAUCUAAUCCACAAUCAAACACAGGUAGAGAAAAAAUAGAAGAAUCCAAAGAAAAGCCUGAAGAGCUUUUCGGGAGUCUACAUGGUCAAAAUGUAACAAGACAAGCAAUAAAGGAGUCUUCACACUUCUCACAGGUAAUAUCUGAUUCCCGGCUCUCUAGUGAUGCCACUGUCAGAGAAACAGAAGCUUUCCUUGCACUUACAGAUGCAUGGUCAUCCACCGAUGCAACAGAUAGUCCUAGGAUCCUUGGGACCUCAGAGACCUUGUUGAAACUAUGCAUACUAUCAGAGACCAGUAGCAGCCAAAGCCAGGCUAGUCUAGAUCUGUCUUGUGCAACAACUGGAUCUGACAGCCAAAUAUCAACCUGUUUUGAUUCUACACAAGGUAAAGAUGCGACAGUUAAGGAACGAAAUCACAUAUCCUCUGAAAGGGAAACAGUCUUGGACUAUUUUUUGAGUGAUCUUACCUCUACAUCCUGUUCUACACCUGAAUGCACAUUACUGCAAGAAAAUAAUUGGCUAUUGAGUAAUUUUGAGGCACUGAGCACUUCUGGAGAGAUUUCAGUCACUCAGAACACAAUGAGCAAUAACACAUUAUGCACAGACAAACCACCACCACCAGAAUUAGCUCCAUUAGAAAUGAAUGAUGUUGAUAUGCUAGUGGUCAGUGCACCUUCCAAAGAAAGUGCUGUUCUCUCCAGUUGGAGUUUUUCAGGAUGCUUCCCAGGUAAAUCCCCUGAUAAGGACUUAAAAAGCAAUUCCACAAAACAAACUGAACUUAUCCUAUCAGGUGAUGAGAGUCUUAUCACUGAAAGCGUUGCACCACAAAAUAACUUUAUAGAAUCAAAACAAGAAACACAGUGUAAGGAAAGUUGCAUUGCAGAAACAUCCUCCAGAAACAGUAAUAUUUUCUCAAAAUGUGAUGGAAAAACACAUCUAGAAAUUCAGCAUUCUCAUAGUACACUUCAUCUAGGAAAUGCUUUGAAAAGCAGUAAUAAGCAGAAAUCCAUAUGUUCUAUGAAGGAACUCCGUCAAUCAGCAAUACAUAGUUUGAAAAUAGAGAAUGAUUUUCAGUGUGAGUCACAAAUGGAGCAUCUGAUUAACCAUGCUGAAAAGGAGGUGAGUGAUGAAAAGAUCUUGCUGCAGCGUCAGGUUCAGUGCGCGGAAAAAUGUUCAGAGAGCUAUGAUGCAAGAAAUACAAAAGAUUACCCUUUUGAAAUGAACACGAAGUCAGACAGUGCCAGUGAAGUGGCUGAUUCUUUAAGACACUGUGAUAAUCACCUAGAGCACGAAUCCUGCAAUCUGUACUCAAGAAAAAGAAGCAAAGAUUCUCAAGAUGAUUUAGCAGGCAAUUUGAAAACGCCAAAGAGAAGCUGUGUGGAAUCCCUUGUUCCAGGUGAUUCUGCUGUAAAUAAUGUGCUGUUCAUGUUUAAUGACAGUUCUAACAUCAACAGAGACUCAACAGGCAAACUGUUACCAACAGAAAAGGAGAUAACUACCAAUUUGUCCCAAACAUUUCAGCAAGAUUCUAAAACUGCAACUAUGGGCAAUCAUAUCAACAUGUACCAAAACAGCAAUAAUCCUGUUGCCAGCUAUACCUCGGAAGACAGACCUGCAUCUACAGUGACGAAAGAACAGAAAGUGUCCAUCAUUCCCAUGAAUAAAAGUGAAAUGCAAGGUAUGCCAGACCUAAAAUUUCCUGAUGUUAAGUUUGUGGACAAAGGAGUAUUUGAGAGCAGUACAUUGCAAAAGGUUGGCCUUACAAUAAAUGACAAGAUAUCAGAAGUUGUGAAAGAACACCUGAACAUGUCACUGCAAGUGGAUGGUGGUGAAGACAUUAAUGAAGAUGGUGGUGAGGACAUUAACAGUGAAACAUCCUUAGCAACCAACAGUGAUGCUCUUAAGGUCACUCAGGACAAGAAUGAAAUUACAGAUGAGGGGUCACAAGGUAAACUUGGCAGUUCUCACACACUUCCAUGUGUGCCUGGAUAUUCUGUUGAUGAUACAGCGAAUGUGGACAACACAGAUGACUGUGUGAGAGGAAAAUAUAUAGUAAACAAUCCCACUGAGAAAGAAGUUGUAUUAAACCACCAAGGAGUUGGAUUCCUUAGCAACUGUCCAUCUUUUUUGGUGAAGAACCUUAGUGCAGAAAUAGAAAAUUCAGACAAUCAUAAUGCAUGUAGACCUGUGCAACAAGAUUUGAAAAAGUUACCAGAAGUAAACUCUGUCCUAGAGGUACCAACUGGUAAUUAUCCAGAAUCUUUAAGUACCAGCCAUUCCAAUGGUUUAAUCAAUGAAGUGAUCAGCAACAGUAACAAAACCAUACAACUGAUGUCUACUUGUAAACAAAGCCCUGAAGUAAUUUUAUCUUCUGAAUAUGUCACUGUGGCUGAGGAACAUGAUCAGUUCUUUCUGAUGAAAACAGAGACUAUACCGAUCAAUAAAGUAGUUCACACUCCAGCUCCUACAGGAACAUCUGUAAGGACUGAAGACAACAGAUUUGUUCUUUCAUCAUACACACAACAGAAGCCAGGUAUCUAUCCUGAAGAAAACAGCAUUUCAGGAGUCUCAAAAGAGGUUUGUGGUGUUACAGUGUCCAAUCGUUGCUCAGAAGCUGUGGUGGACCACAUUGCCUCAGACAUGCUUAAGGAGGCAGUGAAGUCUGUGGAAGCAAGCAAAGUAAAUAUGGCAGCUAAAUUUCAGCAGGUAGUGGAGUUAAACACUGUUGUACAUCUUGACACUGAGUCAGCAAUUCGAUUUCAAAAGAAGAAUGAACGCUCAUUUAAUUCAAACAGAGCUGAAAAUGUUCAGGCCACUGAUUCUAGACCACUUAAAAAGCUAGUACACCGAGAAUGUGCUGGAGAAAAACAUGGUUGUACCACAGAAGAACAACUUCAUAGUGGACAGAACACAGAUAUUUUAAGUGAAACAAAAGAUGAAAUCAUGGACCUCAAAAACCACACUUGUUCGGGAAAACUACAUAAAGAGACCACAGUUUCUAAAUCUGGCCAGGUUCUAGUGUUCUGUACUUCAGAGUUACAGAGAGACAACCAAACACAAAUCAUCCAAAGUGUUAUGAAUGAAAAGCAAUCUAACUGUCCUCAAAAUGAAGACCAAUCACUGUCUAAUGAGGACCAUAUGCCGCAUAGAAGGAUAACUCAGGAACUGUGUGUGAAUGUUCAAAAAGAAAAGAAGCGUUCAGACCAACUGCAAUCUCAAGACUUAUCCAUCCUGUCUAAGUCUGUACAAAGACCAGAACAGACAGAUAAACAGACAAAUAAAGUGGAGCUUAUAUUUUCAGCAUCUAUGUCAUUAAACCCAAAGGAACAUCGUCAAGUUAAAAUUGAAUCUACCGAAAAAGCUAAUGGAGGGAAACAACAUGCAACAAUCAAUAGUUCAAGACUCGUAUUUUCUAGGACUAAUGAAGAGCGACAGAGAGUAAAGUCAAAGAAAUACAGGAAAGCCCAUUUUACAGCCCCUCUAAGUUCAUCCACUGACUCAACACCUGAUUCAUCCUUAGAUGAGAUAGCUAAAUCUAGAGUACAUAAAUGUGGUAUUGCCACCCUAGCCAUGCCUGGCACACCUGCUCCUGGAAGACCAAUGACAGAAAACAGAAAUAGCUCAUCUGAUGAAUCAAGUACAUCUCUGUCUUUAGAAAUUAAUCAAUCAAUCGAGUCAAAAUCAAAACAUAAUCACUCUUAUGGGACUGGCUCUGAUGAACCAUACACUUACAUCAGAGAUGUUACCACUGAUGUAGCAGAGGAAGUGAGGCAGAAAAAAUAUAAUCUUACGGCAAAGCUAUCUAAAAUUCCUGGUCUAUCAAAGGAUGAUGAGACAAUUCAAUUAACCAGAAGCACUUCUACUGAACACAUACCACAUGAAAAUAACCAUGAAAGAACAAAAUCAUUUGAGAAUGAUUCCAACCAAAAUAGAGAACCUAUUCUACAUUUUGGUUCAAGUGACAUCAACCCCUUUGUUCAUACAAGAAAAAAGAAUCAGUUACUUAAAUCUGCAUACAAAAAUCAGCCAUUUGGAAGUGCAGUCAAUAUAUCCAGUCAGCUUUCUUCACUUGAAAGUUCUAGUAAUGGUAUAGCGAGAUGCUGCAGUAUGGACAAUGGGUUGAAUGUCCAGAAUUCUCCCUUCAAUUCUCAUUUGAGCACUUAUGCAGUCCAAAGGGGGCUUUCGAGCACAUUGAGUAGUGCUGAAGAUUCUAAAGAACACAUUUCUACAGACCCCAAGCUGAGGGAAGCCUUUCAUACCCCAAUUAUUUGUAAUGAGAAGAUCUUAACAGCUUCUGGCAGUGACUCUUGCAAUGAUACCUUAGACUUAGCCAGUAGCUCAGGCCAAGUAGAUGAAAUAGUGCUGGUCUACUCUUCUGAACAUGAAAGUCAGGAAAGUAAACAAGAUUCAAGAAAAUGUGACCAUGGUACCCAGACAGUCAAGUUUUAUGACGACUUGGAGAAGAAAAACAGACACAGGAGGAGCAGUACCCAGGUUCCUGUUUCCAGACAGGUGCAUGGACCAUCGACCACAUGGACAAGUCUACAGAAUAUGUCUGAACAUCUUUCUGAGUUGAUUGUCAGCACUUCUGAUCUUCUAGGGAACAUUCAGUGUAUGAGAACAGGGGAAAGUUCUAUGAAAAAUAGGUCUCCAUUAAAAACUUGUAGUAAAGUUUCAAAGGUACGCUCUGACAAAUAUUGCAAGAAUGAUGGCUCCACCCAGACUGCCACAGAUGUUGGCAUCCAAACUGAGGACAUUGCACUGCUAACGAAACAGAACAAAGUUUCCCAGAGUACCUCACCCAUACAGAACCCCAAAUCUCAUGAGGUCAAUGUGAUUGUCAAAGUUAUUGGCUCCGAAGUUUGCAACGUACCAAAGCAAGAUCAUGUCAUCAAAUCUAUUAAAGAUCAGUGUGACAGCAGACAGACCUUUGAAACUAUUAAAAGUAUGCCUGACCUGCGUUCUGGAGGCUCACCUCCCUCUGAGCAAUUUGGUGGAAAUUUAGACACUGUAAAAAUUCUCUCCCUAGAAACUGUUGCACCAAAUCAGCACUGUUUCAAUCCCGUCACAGUAGACCAUAAAGCUUCCAACACUUUUGCAGUUUGUCAUCAGAGAAAAUGCUCUUCUCAAAUGUUAGCAAAGGACAAUCAAACACAUCAGCAAAUGAAGCCAAAGAAUAACCCUGAUAAAAUGGUGUUGCUUAUAGACCGUGCAUCUUCACCUAUUCUCACUGUGGAUGUGACAAAUUUACAGAAAGGGAAAAUCAAAUCUGGUACAAUUCACACCCCCUCUGAGAUGCUCUCAAAAACCGUCAGAAAUCCACCUGAAAACAAACCAGUGUCCACCAAUAAACCUAAGUCACAGUAUCAAAGAGAACAUUUUUACACAUAUCAAACUGAAAACAAAUCAGUGUCUUCCAUGUCUCACCACAGUAUAAAUUUAGGCGCACCAGUUGCAUACUCCAAAGAAGUGUCAUCCAGCAGAUGCAUACAAAAUGGAAGAAAGAAACAGUCUCUUGGAGUACAAAGCAAAGGAGCAAGCCAAGCCAUUUGGUGCAGUCCCCUGUCUCAUGGUCACUCUUCCUCUGUCAAACACAGGCAACCUGUAGACUUGAGCCAAAACACAUUACAAUCCUCAGCACCCAUUAAUCAAAGCUACAGAAGCAGCAUGCAAGAAUAUAAACACAGACUCUAUAAAGAUGUGAGCUGCUGGAGUGAUCUGAGCAAUGACACUCUCCAGUACCAAGAGGAAGACAGCAUGUCUUUGGCUCCGAGUGACUGCAAUACAGAUGUCCUGGUCAGCAUUAACCCGCUCACUGAAACCAGUCCACUCCAAGAGGACUACUGGAUUCCUGAAAACCUGCCCAUGCACAACAAGUUCACCAACUGGUCAGGCAUCAAUCAGCAGUCACCAGCCAGGCUCAGUAACGAAAACAAUACAACUGUGCAAAAAUCCCCAGAUAUUAACACACACAGUCUUCAUCUACAUUCAGCAGAGUCAGAGAGUCUCAGGUAUAAGUACAAACCAGAGCUCUUGGAAUCAGCAGAUAGACGGACCAGAGAAAUUGAGAGACUGCGGAAGGAACGGGAGCAGGUACUCGCCUCUAUGCAAUUAGAUCUGAAUCUUCAUCCACUCAGUGUAGAGCUCACAGAGGCCAAGUUGCACUAUGGCCUGGGGAAGACAGACACUCUGCUAAAGAUGCUGAAGUCCAGUUCCAAAACAGAGUCUACCAUCUCUACUAAACAGCAGCUGUAUGACAGGCACAGGAGGAGUAUCGAUGGUUUGAGGAAGGAGAGAGAAGAUCGUCUUCAGACGUCCCGCCGAGCUCGAAGUCUCAGCCCCAGCAAGCAUCUAAACUCAUCAAAUCACAUGACAGAACAGUCUCAAAGAACUGUGGAUCUUCCCAGCCGGCAGCGGGAAUAUCUGCAGCACCUCCGCAAGGAAGUAGUGGAGAUGAGCAGGGUUCCUGAUCCACCAAGACGAGAGGGUCAGUAUCCCACUGAUAUUGAACUCCUUCUGCGUGACUACAGUCGUGCUCGUGAGGAAGCGAAGACAGAGAUUGCCAAAGCGCGAGUACGGCUACGUGAGAGGACGGAGCAGGAGAAGCGGAGAUUAGAGCAACAGGCUCUCACACAGUCUGUAAAGGAUCAUCUGAGGCUUUGUACACGUGUUAGUAAUAGCACCUUGUGCACUGGUUCCAACCUAAGUCUCUCUUCUGGACCUACAUCUGGCUACAACAGCAGUAAUGCAGCUCUGCUGAAAGAUGGUACCUCACCAUCUGUACAGAUCACUGGAGUCUCAGAUAGGGAGUUAAGAGUCAGGUCUCGACCUCCCAUGAUCCCUCCUCAAAGUUUAAAGGCUCCUCGUGCAUGGCUGUCAGCUCAGGAUAUUCGUGUGGAGAGCUCCUCCUCUGGAUAUGAGCUUCACUCCUCGUCCUCUCCCUCAUCUCCUGGACGACAGCGCACCUGUUCUUUUAGUUCUCCCUCAUCUAUUUCUAUUUCGUACCAGGACAUUGCAGACUGUACUCUCACAAGUGCAAUAUCAGAGGUUCAUUUAGCCUCUGGAGGAGAUGUAAGGAAUCUGCUAUCAGGGAGCGCAGAAGCUGGCUGGAGAUACCAGGGAUUAGAGAACGGAGUUCAGACCUUCCACCGGCCCUCCUCCAGACCCUCUGCUCAUGGGUUUUUGGGUGCCAUGGAACUGGAGAGACCCUUAGCUAGUCUGUGGAGUUUAAUCCGAGAUCACUCCAAGAUUCAUCUCUACAACAAAUCUCUAAAGUCUGCCUGGACACGAUUGCUAGAUGACACUACACAACUAGUCUACCUGCUGACUGAUCCAUCCAACUGUCAUAUGAAGCAGCCGCGGGAUUUCUGUUGCCUGAGCACUGAGUCCAAACGGGAUGAUAUGUGGGUGUUGGCCAUGCAGUCUGUAUUUGAAGAGUCUCUCCCUCGCCCAAGCAUGGACACUGUACGUGGAGAGAUGUUUCCCAGCGCAUGGAUUCUUCAGCGCAGCCAGCGGCAGGGUCGAGAGAUUGUUACAGUUAUCUAUCUACUACAGGUUGAUUUGGGAACUCCAACCCUGCCUCAGAGACUGUUGAAUGUAGUGGCCAGGAAGCAAGCAGCUGUAAUCGCAGACCUUGAUACCUUUUUGGCGUUGUGACAGACCAGGUUACUAAUGAGCACUUAUCUAAAAGCCCUUAAAGGACUUUUCUAACAUUUGCACCUCAUUACUUUUUUUCUGUUCUGUUUUGGUUCUCCUCAGAGCACUGAUGGUUAGUUUAUUUAUAGAAAGAUACAGUUUGUGAAAUUAUAUAUUGAUACUUUUCUACAUUGUGCAUACUCUUUAUGGUGCUUAUUUUUGCCAAAGACUGGACAAAGAAUUGAUAUAGGAAUAUUUAAGGUUUUGUCCCAAUCACCCUUAAGCUCUAUUUGUAAAAGUACUUGACAUUAAAUUGCUUUGUACAUAUCUCUACAUAUGAUAACUCGAAUCAAUCCAGUAUUUUUAGUGUGUGUAGCAAAGCUAAUUUUAGUGAACAUCCCAAUCUAAGCUGAUAUAUUUGAAACUUGAACUUGCAAAGACAUCAUUUUGAUUGAGCAUGUCAGAAUGUAUAAUAUGCAGCACUGUGCUCCUGCAUGGACAUGCACAAUAUAUAUCAAAUAUAUAUCUAAGCUUCUACCCAUAGGUAGAGUGCACAGUUACAUUUCUGCACUACACUAGACUAAAAGUCAUAUAAUGCAGAGCAGAAGCUACAAAAAGA